GCUGGCGCGUGCUGUGUCCAUGUUACCCGCUUGCAGCACAUUCGCCCCCUGAAAUCGGGGAUUCCGCAUUGCUCGGUGCCUUUGAAGCCCCACUGUGAGCUCUGAGAGAACCGGACUGCGCCGGACUAAUGAACUGAAGGCAAUUCACAGCAACUAUCCCUUUGGUUAUCUAACCCGUACACGUUAGGAGCCAUUCACAGUCUGGAAACUUGCAACGAGAGGUCAUGUUCUCCCUGUCAGAGCUGUCGCCCCUAAGCGAGCCGCAGGUGAGCCACAGGCUGCUGAAGCCGUGGUGGGAGGUCUUCAUGGACUAUCUGGUGCUGCUGAUGUUAAUGCUGUCAGUGGUAGCAGGGACACUGCUGCUGUCGCGAGACGGGGUGGUUUGCCUCCCGUCCGACUCGUUGGACCACAGCACCUCUACGCCGAGCCGCAUCUCACUUACCCCAGUUCCGAUCUCCCCCAACAUUCAGACGCCAGACUCCCUCAGAGAUCCCACCCGGCCCCCAACCCCGCAGGGUCGGCGCACGCACCUGGACUUCCAGCAGUACAUGUACGUCAGUCACGUGUGCUACCACGAGUCGCUGCCCUGCUAUUCCCGCUUCUUCCCCUAUGUGGCGCUGCUCCAGUCCCUGCUGCUCCUCGCCAGCGGCUGGUUCUGGUUCCACUUCCCCCGCACGUCCGCCCGCAUCGAGCAUUUCAUCGCCAUUCUGGGCAAGUGCACCGAGUCACCUUGGACCUCCCGCGCGCUUUCGCGUGCAGCCCAGAUGGAUGCCACCGGGGGCCGAGUGGAAGAGGCAGGGUCUGGCCAGCCCCCCUCCCUAGGCAGGCACUCCAGCCUGGAUUCGGGCACCGACAGCCCCCAGAUACCGCGGCCCGGCUGCGUGUCGGCACUCCCCACUGUGCCCCCAUCCCCCUGUUCCUCCAUCCAUUCCUGCUCCUCCUCCCUCUCCUCCCUGUCAUUCUGCCCCGUCUCCACAGCACCCAAAAACACCCUGACCCCGGGUAACGCCCCCCGGGCGGCCUGCCUGGACCGCAGCGAUGGGGAGCAGGCCCGGGCGCUCUUCGAGCGGGUUCGCAAGUUCCGUGCUCACUGCGAGGCCUCUGACAUCAUCUUCCAGGUGUACAGAGUUCAGACGCUGUUCAAGGUGCUGAUGGUCGUGCUGAUCCUGAGCUACACGGCUCCACUGCUGGAGUCCGUCUCUUUCAGCCAUACCUGCCAGCCGCAGGUUCAUGCCCUAACAGGCUACAGCUCCUUCCUUUGCACCCACCACCUGGCCCCUGUUCUCCGCCACCUGGUGCUGACCUACAUGGCACUCCUCAGCCUCUUUGGCCUGCUGGCCAUCUACGCCCUGACGUGGAUCUGCCACAGGUCACUGCGGAGGUACUCCUUCCAGCGGCUGCAUGAGGCCGGGUCCAUGCGGGACGUCCCGGACCUCUGUAACGACCUGGCCUUCCUGCUGCACAUGGCCGACCAGUACGACCCGCUCCUGGCCCAGCGCCUCGCCGUGUUCCUGUCGCCCGUCAGCGAGACCUGUCUCCUGGAAGAGAACCUGGAGAGGAACUGGGGCAUCGACCGGCUGCGAUCCAUGAUCAGGCCCGACGCCCACGGCCGCCCCUCGCUGCAGCUGGCUGCUCUGCCGCGCCUCCCACCUGCACUGUUCUCCCUCAGCCAGCUGGAGGUGCUCAAACUGGAGCUGAUCACAGACGCCAAGCUGCCCGCCCCGCUCUCCCACAUGACCUCCCUCAGAGAGCUGCACCUGUACCACUGCACCGCCGAGGUGGAGCCAGCUGCCCUGGCCGUGCUGCGGGAGCGUCUGGACCGUCUCCACCUGACGUUCAGCCACGCGUCCGAGACGCCGGCCUGGGUGUACACGCUGCGGGGGCUGCAGGAGCUGCACCUCAGCGGCCGGCUGAGCGGGGAGAGCGGCGUGCACCGGGGCUGGGCGCUGGGCAGCCUGAGGCAGCUCCGCCACCUGCGGGUGCUGGUCCUGAGGAGCGGGAAGCUGCAGCGACUCCCGGGGGAGCUGGGCGAGGCGGCGGGCAGCCUGGCGCGGCUGGAGGUGCAUAAUGAGGGCGCGCGCCUGCUGGCGCUGACAGGACUGCGGCGCCUUGCCGGCCUGGAGGAGCUGACGCUGCACGGCUGCCAACUGGAACGCCUGCCUUCCGCCCUCCUGGGCCUGGCCGGCCUGCGCAGCCUCGACGUCUGCCACAACUGCCUGCGGACGCUGGAGGAGCUGCUGGGCCUGCAGCAUCUGCGCAGGCUGGCGUAUCUGCGGCUAGCCCACAACCGCGUGCUGGCGCUGCCCGCCAGCGUGGGGGCACUGCGCGGCCUGGAGCUGCUGGACCUUUCGCACAACCAGCUGCGGGCCCUGCCGCCCACGCUGUUCACCCUGCGCCGCCUGCGGUGCCUCCUGCUCGCCAGCAACCUGCUGGAGGAGCUGCCGGCGGAGGUGGGCGCAUUGGCACUGCUGGUAGAGCUGGAUCUGAGCGGCAACCAGCUGGAGGAGCUGCCGCCCGAGUUGUUUUCCGGCUGCUCUCGGCUCAGCAGCUUGGCCGUGGCCCACAAUUCCCUGGGUGCCCUGCCACCUGGUUUGGGGACUCUGACACAGCUCUCCAAACUGGACCUGGUUGGGAACUGCUUGGUGGGCCUGCCUGCUGAGCUGGAGGGCUGCAUCGGGCUGCAGGGAGGCGGCCUGCUGGUUGAGGAUUGGCUGCUCCAUUCCUUGCCCCCACGCAUCAGGGAGUUCCUGUCGAGGCCGGGCACCUCUGCCGGCUCGCGUCCGGAUUCCGACGGCUUCCCGGCCUUCUCCACGGCGCAGUGGCGCUUCCUGUCUGAGUCACAGAUAUAGAUCAAAGGACCCCGGGACGGCUGCAUGCAGCUUGCAGGCCAUGCGUAGCUGCCAAGCGUAUGGCCGCGAAGACCACGCCGCAACGUUUAUUUAAGUGUGCUGCCCCGAGGGAUGCUGUAACAUCAUUUGUCUUCCGAGUGGUCCUGAUCUCCUGCCGCCUGAUUUUUGCCUCUAAGCCACGGAAUCGGUAUAGUAUACAAAGACCAUGACAACAGAAAAGCAACAUGAGCCACUUUUCUGAUAGAGAACAAACAAGAAAACAGCUGCUGAAUUUCCCGCAAUAGGUAUCGUUCAGAUCCCCUGUGUGCAGCUCCGCAGUUACUCCAUCUAACCUAAAUUCUAUCACUGAAUCACAUCUGAAGAUGUUUUCACUGCGAAAGUUGCUUGCCGAGAAACUGACAGCUGAUCUCACUCACCGUCUCCUGAGCUGAUUUAGAGAAGGAAGGAGGGUAUUUGCACAUUUUCCUCGUGCUUCUCUGUACUUCCUUCUGCUUCUCCAGUUUUCUUCCAACAAUUGAAAGACAUUAGUACUAGUGUGACAGGGUGAAUGCAUGCUUGUGUGGAUGAAAGGGCAGGACUGUAAAUAACCCUGCCUAAAUUAAACAUGUCAGUGGGUAAAAGGCAUUGCUGCACAUUUAUUGUUACAAAUAAUUUUGGUAAAUAAACAGAAAUUCAACUAAUGCUUUAUGGAUAUAGGGUAUUUCAACAUAGUUUGUUCACCAAAUGUCUGUAACC